AUGUCAGUGGAUGGGGUGCGGGCGAGCACCGUCAACCAGAACUCAGAGAGCCACACGCAGCUGCAGAGGCAGGAUGCGGUCCGUUCGCUUCUGGCCUGGAAGAGGAGAUGGUUUGUACUCCGCAGUGGCCGUCUGACUGGAGACCCAGACGUCCUGGAGUACUACAAAAACGAUCACGCCAAGAAGCCCAUCCGGAUCAUCGAUUUGAACUUGUGCCAACAAGUGGAUGCUGGGUUGACAUUUAACAAGAAGGAGUUUGAAAACAGCUACAUCUUUGACAUUAACACCAUCGACCGGAUUUUCUAUUUGGUGGCCGACAGCGAGGAGGAGAUGAAUAAGUGGGUGCGCUGCAUCUGUGACAUCUGUGGGUUCAAUCCCACAGAAGAAGAUCCUGUGAAGCCGCUGGGCAGCUCUGCUCAGGCGCCUGCUGAUUCACCUUUCGCUAUAAACACAGCACCGCCUUCCGCCCAGGUGGAUCUGUCCUCUGCUGCUCUACCUCCCUCCUACCAGCUGAUCAGCCUCCCGCCACACCCCGAGACCCUUGGCACCCAGGAUGAUCCUCAAGACUACCUCUUGCUGAUCAACUGUCAAAGCAAGAAGCCUGAACCCAUCAGCCAAGGGUCAUCUUUUGUUUCUGAAGAAGGAGAGGAAUACUUCCUGCUAGAAGAUUUUGAAAGCAAAACGAAUCCAUUGCAAGCCCACGCUGAUUCGGCAAAAACCACUUCCUCUGAAACGGACUGCAACGACAAUGUCCCCGCUCCCAAAAGCACCGCCUCCUCCCACGGCAAACACGGCAUGAACGGCUUCUUCCAGCAGCAGCCGAUGUAUGACUCCCCACCCGCGCGGGCCACGUCCGUCUCUGUCGACUCCAGCCUUUAUAACCUGCCCCGGAGUUAUUCCCACGAUGUGUUGCCAAAGGAAUCUCCAUCGAGUACUGAAGCAGACGGAGAACUCUAUGUUUUCAAUACCCCAUCUGGGACGUCCAGUUUAGAGACUCAGCUGAGACACGUGUCUAUCAGUUACGACAUUCCUCCAACACCUGGUAAUACGUACCAGAUUCCACGGACCUUUCCCGAUGGCACCUUGGGACAGACGUCCAAGCUAGAUGGUAUUCCAGACAUCCCUCCACCUCGGCCGCCCAAGCCACACCCGAGUCUUGACCGCUCUCCCGUGGACACCUGUAGCAUCCAGCGCGCGGCCUCAGACACUGACAGCAGUUACUGCAUCCCCACUGCAGGAAUGCCGCCGUCACGCAGUAACACCGUCUCCACCGUGGAUUUGAACAAGUUGCGCAAAGAUGCUAGUUCUCAAGACUGCUAUGAUAUUCCACGAACAUUUCCAAGCGACAGGUCUAGUUCACUUGAAGGCUUCCAUAACCACUUCAAAAUCAAAAAUGUGUUGGCCGUGGGAAGCAUGUCAACUGAGGAACUGGACGAAAACUACGUCCCGAUGAACCCCAACUCACCACCGAGACAACAUUCCAGUAGCUUUACAGAGUCAAUUCAGGAAGCGAAUUAUGUGCCAAUGACUCCGGGAACAUUUGAUUUCUCUUCCUUUGGAAUGCAAGUCCCUCCUCCUGCACAUAUGGGCUUCAGGUCCAGCCCUAAGACCCCUCCCAGAAGGCCAGUCCCUGUGGCCGACUGUGAGCCGCCCCCGGUGGACAGGAACCUCAAGCCGGACCGAAAAGCCAAGCCAGCACCUUUAGAAAUAAAACCUUUGCCAGAAUGGGAAGAGCUGCAAGCUCCAGUUAGAUCUCCAAUCACCAGGAGUUUUGCUCGAGAUUCUUCCAGGUUCCCCAUGUCACCGCGGCCAGAUUCUGUGCACAGCACCACGUCCAGCAGUGACUCCCACGACAGCGAGGAGAGCUACGUCCCCAUGAACCCAGCCCUGGCCGGUGAAGACCCGAGUCUUUUUGGCAGUCACAGCCUGGACGGGGGAAGCAGUCCUAUGGUCAAACCCAAAGGGGACAAGCAAGUGGAAUACCUAGAUCUAGAUUUGGAUUCCGGGAAAUCUACACCCCCACGGAAGCAAAAGAGCAGCGGCUCGGGCAGCAGUGUAGCAGAUGAGAGAGUGGACUAUGUGGUGGUGGACCAGCAGAAGACCCUGGCUCUGAAGAGCACACGGGAAGCCUGGACAGAUGGGAGACAGUCCACGGAGUCGGAAACACCAACCAAGAGUGUGAAAUGAAAACCUCCCGUCGCCCUGUCUGAGCAGAUGCGAAGUGCAUUGUAAAGAUGAAUGCCAUUUGGGGAGAUGGUGGUCUAGACACUUAAACUCCAGGCGGAUUGAUCCUCAGGCAAGCAGAGCUGAAGGCCGAGGACCUUUCACAAAAUCGAGCAGUUCAUUCAGACUGUACAUGGUGCCACGUCAACAAUCUGCAAGCUGUAAAUAAUGUGGUUAAGUGGUAACAUUUAACUCCCAGAGAGACUGUCUCCCAUGGCUAACCGCACUUGUAGUAUUACUGUAUUUAUGCACUUUUCUAUUGAAAACAUUGGCUUAGGUGUUCCCAGUGUACCUUCACAGAGUUCUCGGAUUUCUUCACACUACUCUACGUAACAAUACUAAAUGAACUAAGCUAGUUUUUGUGUUGUUUUUUUUUUUUUUUAAGAUUUGGAAGUGGCUGCCAAAGCUAUAUUCUUAACACCAUUAGAAUGAGGAGCAGAUUGACAAGUUAGCUUUUGUACGUGAAAUAUCAGGUGGUAACUCUCAGCUUAAAGUACAACCGUAGUAUGGUUGGACUUAACCUUUCAUUCCCUUCCACAAAUUCUGAAGAUAAUGUAUAUUACUGGUCAGGGCCUAGUUCUCUGGUUCGUGUACAUUUAGUUUUUACUGGUGGAACUUUUGUUAUUUUUUGUUAAUUACAGUGCUUUGGUUCAUUGAGUGAAGAUUCUGCUGGGUAGGAUCUUGUACUUUUGACAGACUAAAUAGAAUUACACCCUCAAGCCUGCAAGUGAUUGAUAGAAUGCAGUGAUGUUGUGCUUUUACACUUGUUAACAUGUAUUAAAUGUUAUAUGCAAAAGGUAGGUUCUAUAACUAAUCAGGUACGUACUGGGCACUAGUGUGCGAAUAUACUGACCAGGUUUAGACAAUGAUGUUUAGUUGAGUUCUUGUGAGUGCUAACAAUUAAGUUUCCAGUUUGGGAUUUGAUGAAUCAGUUGACAUUCACUCUUAGUUCCAGCCACAUACUGUGAUUUUUUUUUUCAUUAAAUUGUCAUUCAGAUUCUUCCUCUAAGAAUGAAACUCUGUCUUAUGAUCUUAUGACACCAUAGUGCCCUUUCUAUGAUUAAAAAAUAUAUAUAUCCUUCUUGGCCUUAUAUUUAAAUCCCUAUGCAAUUAAUGUUUUAUAUCUGCAUUUUUUAAAAAAAGAUAGAUGGUAUAUACGCAAUUCUCCUAUGUAGCACCUAUUGCUUUUCCAGUCAGAAAAUUAGGAAUUUUGUACUGUGAUUGAUAUUCACUGUCCCAAUCCGCAACAUACUGGAGCCUUGCUAUAAUGUGAACGCUUACAGUCCUGGACCCCUUCUAGCCAGAUUCCUGAGAUGAUCAGAGGAGUGGUAUCGCUCUGUCUCCCCUGGAACGCCAUCCUGUGGUCUGGACAUCCCGAGCCACCGUGACAUUCCUCUGUUCUGGCUUUGCAACAUAACUUAGAAUGCAGGGAUAGUCGCUUGGGUUUUAUUUGUUUGUUAACCUAAGUUACAAGCUAUUGAUUUGAGACUUCCUGAUAGCUUUUAAGGAGAGGUAGAGACUGCAUGCCUAUCAUCAAGGUAUGACCACCUCCACCAGACCUCUAAUUGUUGCCUGAGUAUACAAAUGGACCCCAUUUCGGGCCCAUUGGCCAUGGUGUUGUGCCUAAUACAGUGUACUGGGGUUGUUUCCCUAUUCCAUAAACAAAGUGUUCAUAACAAGACAAUUGUAGACUAGUAACAUUUGAUGCUUUUAAAUGUUUGCUUCUUUUUAAACUAAAACCCAGAACUGAAUUUUGAGGUGAGUUUUUAAAUAAAAAACAAAACAAA